GUGACAAGCAUUAUCAUCCCAGCUGUGCACGAUGCAGCAGGUGCAACCAAAUGUUCACAGAAGGAGAAGAAAUGUAUCUGCAAGGUUCCACUGUCUGGCAUCCCGACUGUAAGCAAUCCACCAAGACUGAAGAUAAGCUACGGCAUUCCUCAUCUGAGUUCUUUUAUCCAAAGAGUCUGGUUCUGCGCAGACCGCGCUCUGCAGAGCUGUUAUCACCGCCUUGCAUAAUGAACUCUAUCAAAAAACUAAGGCAGCCUACCAGAACAUCAUCAGAAAGCAUUUAUUCCAGGCCAGGUUCCAGUAUACCUGGCUCACCGGGCCACACUAUCUAUGCAAAAGUAGACAAUGAGAUCCUUGAUUACAAGGAUUUAGCAGCCAUUCCCAAAGUCAAGGCCAUUUAUGACAUUGAACGUCCAGACCUAAUUACUUAUGAGCCAUUCUACACUUCCGCCUACGAGGACAGACAGGAGAGACAGAGUCUUGGAGAGUCUCCACGGACAUUAUCACCUACUCCUUCUGCAGAAGGUUAUCAAGACGUUCGGGAUCGCAUGAUUCACAGGUCUACCAGUCAGGGCUCUAUUAAUUCUCCAGUGUACAGUCGCCAUAGCUACACGCCCACCAUGUCACGUUCCCCUCAGCAUUUCCACAGACCUGAGCUGCUCUCUACUGGUGUGCAGCGGUUGUCAUACCUGCGCACUAGCAGCCUCAGCUCCGCUCACCAUGACUCCCGCCCCAACUCCCCCUUCCGACACCACUUCAUCCCCCAUGUCAAAGGCAAUGAGCCGUCCAGCGGUCGGAACUCCCCUGUCCCCUAUCGGCCAGACAGCCGCCCUCUCACUCCAACUUACGCUCAGGCCCCUAAACAUUUCCAUGUUCCAGAUCAAGGUGUCAACAUUUACAGAAAGCCACCAAUCUACAAGCAACAUGAUGCAGCUGCUUUGGCAGCACAGAGCAAGUCCUCCGAGGAUAUCAUCAAGUCCUCCAAGUUCCCAGCAGCUCAUGCACCAGCACCCAACGAGAUACCAAAGAUCGAGACAGACCACUGGCCAGGUCCUCCCUCCCUUGCAGCCAUAGGAGCAGACAUGAGACGCAGGUCAAGUGGAAGAGAGGAAGAUGAUGAAGAGCUACAGAGACGCCGGCAACUGCAGGAGGAGCAGCUCAUGAAGCUUAAUUCUGGUCUUGGACAAUUGAUACUGAAAGAAGAGAUGGAAAAAGAGAGGUCAGCCUUUUCUGCCAGUCGUUACGAUUCUCCAGCCCACGCUUCAGCCUCCAAAACCUCUUCUCUUCCUGGCUAUGGAAAAAAUGGACUUCACAGGCCGGUGUCUACAGAUUUUGGUCAGUACAACAGUUAUGGGGACGUGAGUGGUGGUGUUAGAGAUUUCCAGUCCCUUCCGGAUGGUCAUGUCCCUGGAAUGAGAAUGGACAGAGGAGUAUCUAUGCCUAACAUGUUGGAGCCAAAGAUUUUUCCAUAUGAAAUACUCAUGGUGACCAACAGAGGGCGAAAUAAAAUACUAAAAGAUGUAGACAGAACCAGGCUGGAGCGUCACUUAGCACCUGAAGUUUUCCAAGAGAUAUUUGGCAUGACGAUACAGGAGUUUGACAAGUUACCUCUCUGGAGACGCAACGACAUGAAGAAAAAAGCAAAACUCUUUUAAUCUCCCUUUAAACAAACAACUAAAAAUGACGCGUAGGAUGUUGUAUCAUACAAUCCAAACUAUUUGGAAGCAUCCACUUACCCACCAAAAAGGGAAAAUCGCAUAGUGGCACCUCUACACACAGCAAUUGAACAAGAUGAACAUUUGCCCUCCUGCAACACAGGGAGAAAAUAUCUGGGCUCAGAAACAACAGUGAUAAGUUUCAGAGGUGUUGGCCUUUUACAUGAUAAAUAUACAAGAUAGGAAACUUUUCUUCUCCCUCAAUGAUAUUCCCUUUACUUCUCUCCAUAACAAGAUGGAACUUUAUUGCUAGAGCCAGGAAGUGCCCUUAGGAUGCCUUGUAGACUAAAGUAGUUGUAACCACUUCAAGAACUGGAAAAGAAAUAUAUAUAUAUAAAAUAUAUAUAUAUGUAUGUGUGUUUGUGUGUGUGCGCACAUGUAUUUAUAUCUACUCAUCUGUGUAUGUAUGUGUAUAUAUGUGUAUAUAUGGAGAGAAAGACAGAUACUCCAUAGUGAAGGAGAAGCCCUUUGUAACACACCCAUAUGGUCACGUCCAGUCUUUCACACAACUGUUUCUUCACUGGCAGUCUUUUGAAACUGCACCUUUGUGUGAUACUGUCUGCAAAGGUGGGCACUUUGCUCACCUACAUGCAUACCAGUUGAAUUCUCAGAAAGCGGACUCCUUGUACUUGUAUAUAUUAGCUAGGAUAUAGGAAGUGAGUUGCUGUGUCUGGUGUCGGUCUUCCCUCUUCCACACUUUCUGCUUGAAUUAAUAAGGCUGAAGCUUAACCGGUCAAAUAAUGUAAGAUCACCUAAGUAAUGGGAAUGAUGGAGAAGAGUCAGUUUUCUUGUAAUUUAGUCCAAGAGAUGGGUGGGUGAAGGUGGGAAUGAUAGAGUGAGAAAAUGCUUUUUUAAGGGUGCCCUGGUUCACACCCAGGGAUUUUGGACAGACUUCUUUCUAGUAAUUAAUUAUCAGGUACAGCUCCUUAGACUGCAGUGGAUUUUACAUCAGCAGGGAAGAUGGUUCUCUGCAAGCCAACAUAAAUUUUCAUCCCUCUUUAGGAGGAAUGUUUAUGAAUUAAAAGGUACCACCAAGGUGCCAUGCUCUGCCAAUAGAAGCUUUUUGAUUAAAUUGCAGUUGCUGUUGUCAAUAUGGCACAGUGCAUGGGGCCAAGCAUCCCUUUUUAGUUAAAGUAGUUUUUCACUUUUGCUUGAAAAAGAAGAUGCAGUAUCUUUUUUUUUUCCUCUGUUGAAGCUUCAAAGCUCCAGCCUUGGUUAUUUUUAUUUCCCUUUGUGCCUGACUUGGUUUAUGAAGACAGAGAAAUCAGGCAAGGUGGUUUCUGAACUGCUUUGAACUUUUUAUUGCUUUCAGUCUUCUUCCACUAUAUUGCAGCUUGAAAAAUAACUGCCUAUAUAUAUAUAUAUUUAUAUAUCUUAACUGCUUCUGGGCAGGUCCUAUACAGAGAAGGACAUAAGCACCAAAGUAACUGAAUGAAUGCAUUGUGGCUGCAGCAUCAGCUUUUUCUCUUCCUUGAUGCUUAACUGCCAGUGCAAACUGCACAAAUGACCAUCUCCUAGUAUCGGAGAAAGUCAUUUAGGUUCUGUGUCUGUCAAAGAAUAUCAAGGUUUCAUUCUUAAUGCAGAAACUUUAGGCACUGGAGACAUCAGAACCUUUGGAUUUUCUGUUACAUUAGACAUUAGAGUUAAAAUCUGGAAGUCAGGAAGAGGAAACAAUCCCAUGUAGUUGUGAGGUUCACUAUCACUGUGUUGAGUUCUAUAUGUCACCAAAUGGCAUUUCACCAUGAAAUGUGCAGGGCAGCCCAUAUCCUGCCCCAUCUUUGCUGGUAUAGGUAGUCCUGCUAGAGCAGAUCACCGUGGUUCAUGUGCUCCAUGCUCUGGAGCUAAGUGAAUGGUGGGUCCAAGGGGCGUGCUUGAGAAUGUUCUCACGUGCAGACUUGGCAGCAUUGUUCCCACUGAACACGGGUCCCCACUGAACACUGUGCCACACAGUUGGGUGUGGCUUAGCUAUCUGGACUUCACUGAGAUUACAGCAAGGAUCAGUUCAACAUUUUUUACUUCGUUUUUGAGGACAAGCAUCUGAAAUGGCUUUAGAGGAACACUGAGAAGCAAAUGGGAGCUAGGGGCUCUGGCAGUUAGAGAUGCAUUUUUGAGUGAUUGCUGAAACCUCCAUGUCCAUGCAAUGGAAGGACAGCAGCAUUUUACAGUCAUAAGCUUUGUGAGCAUUAGUCUCCAAAAUUGAGUGUAUGUUACCUGCAAAUUGUGGCUUUAUGUUGAGAAGAACACUUGGAUUUGCUCAUUUAAAGUAUUAAAAUUCUCUAAACUUUACCAAUCCAUAUCCUGUAGGUGAUGCUGUGCUGCUCCCACCCAAACACAGUGGGCUUUGUAGGUAUCUCAAGUCACCCUGACAACAGACCUUUCUGAUAUGAAGACUGCUGUCACAGAUGUGAGCUGCCAGCCCUCAGCUUUAGGUUGUUGAACAGUGUAUGUGAAUAUCCUACUCAGUCAUUCCAGAGAUGACUAACCCAGGUUGUCUUCUCUCUCUCCUCAAAAAAAAAAAAGAACAAAAGAGAAAAAAAGAACCCAUUCCUUCAGCCUUUGAAAAAUGACAAGAUAAUUUGUGUCUGCCUUAUCAGCUGAGAAUUCAAAGUUGCAGUUGCAGCAUGGGUAGGAAUGAAGAGAAGCCAGCUUAGAUGCUGCAGAUACAAUUAAUCUCCUAACUGGAUUUUUGGGCUGGUGCUGGUUCAUAUCUUGCUGGUGUGGAGCAUAGUCAGUUGGCUGCUUUAUUUCUGAUUGAGACCAGGAGGGUUUUCUGAGCUGUAGUAUCAUGCCUAUGCUUAGUUCCUGCUAACUAUCCCAGCCACCUAUAAGCAGACGCACCCCGAGAGAUCUCACACCCUGAAUACACUGCAGCCAGCCAGUAUGUGUUUCCGCAGUGGGCUCUUAGCAGUGAUCACUGCAGCACUUUCUCAACUUUAAUCUGCUCUUCCCACCUAAUAAAAAGGGAAAUGCAGCCCCGAGGAGAAUUGUCUUUGUAAUCAGUGAAUCAUUUCCCUAGUGUCAAUCCAGUAGUGUAUUGUUUGUUGGGCAGCUCUGCACUGCUGGAUGAUUCUUUGUAAUUCCCCUCUCAAUGUUCUCUUGUGGCUGAUAAAUUUGAAUACUGUAAUCUAACAUAGAGCUAUGUAACUAGACUUUAAAUUAUUCAGUAAAUACUUAAGUGUGUAAGAAUAUGCCUUAAGUACACACUCAAGUACUUCUAUCUCCUGCAAAGCAUCUGAGCUUCUGAUGAAGUCCUAUCAAACAGUGCUGUCAACAGUGUCUCUGCUGAGAGGACUGAAAACUGAUGAUCGCUUGUUUUUUUCCCCUUCUGCUUUAAGAAUGAUAAGCCUGUAAAAAUAGGUGUGCAGGAUGGAAUUACAAAACUGUACACGUGUGCAAAACUGAAUUAUAUACAGAUGCAGUUGAGAUGCUGUGCAAGAAGUUAACCUGGAAUUUCCAACUAUUUGUGUUGAAUAGGCAGCCAUAAGUCUGUAAUGAAGGCUGUCACUUACAGAUGCCUUGUUCUGUGAUGUAUGGAGUGUGCAGGAGGCAAGGUCACUUUCCCACUUGAGAAAGCAGAUUUAGAAAUUACUAAACUGUCCACUGUUUCUCAAUGAAAUUAUGUGAUCUAUUGUGGCCUCUGUUUAGGAAGCUGAAUGUUAGCAUCUCAACUUUGACAGUGUCCCAUCCCAAAUUUCCUUGGGAUCCUAAACUGGGAUCCUAAACUUUCUAUACAACUGGAAGAGUAAGUUCUCGUGAAGCUCACUCACAGAACUUCAUGAUUUUCUUUUUGUUACCAUUUCACGCUGGUGUCAUUUAGGAGACAUUUUAGUGGCAUAACUCUCAGAAACAUAUUUUGUUUUCAGUUUGGUUAGUAGCCUUUCAUUAAACAUAGUUUGUGAUGCAUCGUGCACAUAGCUGCAGUGUGCUGUGAAAGGUUAGACUAGGAAAACAGGAAGUUUCUUUAUUGCUGCAUGUGGAGGCAAGAGAGCUCUGUGGUUCCACUAAUGCUAUUAGUCCUGUCAAGACAGAUGUCAUCUCGCCUUACCAACUUGUCUGGUCCCAAGUCUGUCUGGGCUUAGCAGUGAAGUGCCCAAGCUCUUCCCUUGCCGCAGUUAGUCUGAAACUAGACAUGCUUUGAAAUGAAAUCCUUUUCUGUAAGCUGCUCCUGGAGUAUCACUGCCAUGUCAGGUAAUAUCAGUGCAUGGAGAUGUAUGAAGUUUUGGAGGGGAACAGAUGGAAUAACUAUA